AUGGGCACGCUGGCAGACGAUGAAUUCGAGGUUUCCACGAGGAUGAUGGACACAAAACAGCAACACAACUCGUACAGAAAACGCGCCAGUAGAAGUCCAUGGAUGUCGUCGAGCCUCUUCAAGUCGUCAAUUUCUCAUCCAGUUGUCGUCAUUCCUGAGAAUGGACGCGACAGUUGGACAUUAGCGCCCCGGCCGUAUCCGGUUUCACGUGUGUGGGCAAACUCGACGAGGUCAUCGUCUGGACGGAUUGCAUUCAUGGCACCGAACGCGGGGAAGACGGCUCAUUAUGAGCACCAGCUAUACGAAGCGCUUCUGAAGGGGGCUUGGAUUGACAGUCUUCCGGGACGUGCCCACAAUGGCACCGCAUUGAAUUGGUCCGAGUUACUCCGCAAGUUCCGCAAGCAUGCCUCGAAUCAUGCAGGUCAGAAUCUGGCGAAUGUUGCUUCUCAAACUCAGGCGCUCGCGUUACUCCUGGUCCCACUAGGUGACUCAGUUGCGCCUGACAACAGUGUUUCCGCUGAGGUACUAGACGGCGAUGUGUCCGACCCGGGUGUACCACUUAGAUUGGGCUCAGAAUGCGUACUGCCUGAGGAACGGAAAGAAGAGGCUUUGGGUUGCUUGAAUGCCCUAGGGAGCGCAAACGAGAAUUCCCCCUCGAAAAUCUCCAUUCAACUGGCUCGUGCUCAUUUUGCAUACGCACUGGGGAAUCCAAGCGAAUGUCUCUCAAUUCUUUCUCGCGUUGACCUUAAUGCCUUCCCCUCUUCACUUCCCUCAUCUUUACUAUUACCCCAAGAUAGUAUCGGCCGCAGUACUCAACGCACCACCACCACCGUGAGCACAACAACCACGUCAAUCACAAACAUAACUAUCGGGUCUGUAAUGUCGCGUUCUGUGAGCCUGACUGAAAGCACCAUUUGGAACACUGGAGCGGCCGCGCGUAAAGCAGAGUCUGAAUCUAAUCCCGGUGCGGUUUGGCGUGCCACUGAGCUUCUCAGGGGACGUUGCGAAGAAGGGAUGUCCCAUGAGCUGCUAAAGGAUUUUGUUUCUGCAUCUCGAGCGUAUGAUGCUGGGUUCGUGAUACUCGAUGGGCUUACGGCAACGAAGUCAUUUGGGAAAACUGAAAGGGUCAAAGUUGAGACUUUCAGGUCCCACAGAGAAAUGUGGAGGUGGGCAGAGUUGCUCAUAAGGCGAAGGACUAUACUGGCCGCAAAGUAUCAGUCCCUUUCCGAAACAUUCUUACAUUUCCGGGCCUACCAGCUCUAUUCGUCAAAUUGGCCCCUUUCUUUCCGUCCAUGCGGCUUUGGGGCAGUUUACUCGCUAUACAUUCGGGCUCUUUGCCUGUCAUCUCCACUGAUGCCGAUCUCGGAACCAUCCACUGAGGCACCGUUGCAACAAUCGUCCUCCUUGCUGCCGGCCGGAGAACUCUCAAGUCAAACUUCGACAAUGAAACGCGCUGUUUCUUCGUCGAAGCCACCAAUCUCUUUCGGAAAUUGGUACGUCGAGUCAAAGCGGGCUGCCGAAGAAUACCAACGCGUGCUGGGAUCUGUCACAAAAUUCCCAAAAGCAGGAGAGCAUAAUGCUGCCAUCAACUCUUUCGUCGACCUUUGUGUUGCGAUCUGGAACCGAGGAGGGUGUUUUGAAACAGAAACGGAGUGGAUUAUCGAGAUUCUAUGGUGGGCAUCUCGUUUGACAUUCCAUUCACAACGAAUCAUGCGCCAUCUUACUCGGCUGCUUGUUGCACAUGGGAAUUUCGUGGAAGCAAAGCGCACAUUCAAACUGUACGUGCAACUCGUCACCAAGUCGAGACAGACGUUCCAAGGCGGCGUAUCAUUGUUGCUUAAGAGACGCCCCACGGAGCUUCCUGCCGAGCAUCCAGAUGUCAUAGCAAAAGGAGAAGAGGAGAAUGAAACUGUCACUGAUGGCAGAAAGCCCAAAGCGAAAGACAGUGUGGACGACAGGUCAACUGGCGACAUGGAUGAUGAUGAGACUUACGUUGACACGCUCAUGUACGGAAUCCGCAUGCUAUGUCGCUAUGGCGACCGGGAUGAUGUUGCUGAAGCAAGGCGUACGUGUGCUCUUCUCGACGAACUUGUUAUCGAGAAACACAAAUGGCCAGCCCUUACUUUUACGAAUGCGAAUAUCGCACGAGGGACCCUCUUCUGGCGUGAAGCAAAUUUAGAACAUGAUCCCGUGGCACGACCAAAUUUGCUCAAGCAAGCAAGCGCUGCGCUACAAGAUGCAACAGUGUCAAAAGGGUGCCCAGCCUCAGGUUACUUCCAGCUUGCAAUUGUUCAAGCAGCACAGCGAUCUAUUGACGGCGCUAUUCUGUCGGCUCGACGAUCUCUAGAGCUGGCUCCGAAAGAUCGGCGCGCUUGGCAUCUUCUAGCGCUUUUGCUUACAGCCAAAGAAGAAUGGACAAGCGCAAGGCAACUGCUUGACAUAUGCUUCGUCGAGACAGGGGAAGAGGAUCUUCGCGAAACUUCAUCUAGCCCCGUUCUGGAUUUUCCCGCAAAUCAGAACCCACAUGAUGGCACAAUUAUACGGGUCUAUGCGCCUUCGCAGCCCGAAGGUGAAGGGAACCCUGGGGAAGUAGUGCAUGCACCUGAGCAAAUGCUAAUUGAACCGAGGAGCGAUCGAAUACCAUCGCCCUACACUCUUCUCGCUGGAAUGACCAUCGCUACUCCCAUAUCUAGACAGGAACGAUUUGGAGUGUCAAUCAAUCUACUUCUAACUCAGAUCGCAAUCAUCGAAAAAAACGAGGGUGCAGAUAGCGCGAAUGAGAAAUUACAGGAUCUCUUCACGUACUUCUCGUUACACUGUCCCAGUGGGACCUUGCCAUCCUCUUGUAGGGAAUCAUUGGACAUGGCGCAAUUGGCAGGAUACAUGCAGCCCCCUACCAAUGCUGGAAGUGUUCCUCGGAUCGAAAUAAAUGACCCUCGGGGCUCAAUGGAGUCUUCGCCAUCCGAGUCCCAUUCUCAUCGUCAUCGGCGUUUGCUCCGGCCGCAUCGUCCGAGGAAGAAGAGCGACUCGGGUGAGUGGGUGGAUGUCGAAAGUGCUCUGAAGAUGCAUGCUUCUGUGUCUGAUCUGCAGUCUCAAACUGAGAAACAGUCGAAAGGCAGGGCAGGUUCGCCGGCUCCAUCCACAGCGCCCUCACGCUCACCUGCACCAUCCUUUUUACGUGGUUAUGGUAGCGUCACACACGAUCUUCAGCGGUCGCUCACACCAUCACCAGUGCCGACGGCCACACCGGUGCAGCGGACAAGAUACGAGAACAGGUUAUUAUCAGAUGUCUGGCUAACUUCUGCCGCCAUAUUCAGAAGGAUGGGGAGAUAUGACCAGGCGAAAGAUGCAAUCGGGGAGGCAGAGAUCUUGGACGAGAACAAUCCAGGAGUGUGGGUCCAGCUUGGCCUGCACCACAUGACUAUUGGUAAUCGCGCUCUCAGCCUCGAGUGUUUCUUCAAAGUGCUAAUGCUCGACUCGAACAACAUCUCUGCGACUGUUCACCUCGCAAGGCUCUACCUUGAGCCACAUCUUCCGCCAGCCUUGCCUCCACACCCUACCCUGCCACCCACAACAUCAGGGAAGCAGGACAGCGCCAGCAUACUCGACCAACAACGAACGGACACCGCAAAGCGCGACACAUCCAAUAUUGACAUGGCCGCCGGCCUUCUCGAAGAUGCCACACAGCGGACGAUCGGGUUUGACGUUCCAGAGGCGUGGUACUUCCUCGCUCAAGCGGUCGGUUUGCAAGGUAGGAGAGAGAAGCAGAGGGAAUAUCUGAUCACAGCGCUUCAACUUGAAGAGGCACGGACCAUUAGGAAUUUAAAGGAUGCAUUGCCAAUUUGUCUUUAA